CAUCUCUUUACAUCCCCACCCUCCCCCUUCCUGUCUCCUGUGUCCCUGCUCCACCUGAAGGCCUUGGGGACCAACAGCACCAGUGGUAGUAUUGAGCCAUACCUCUCUGGUAUCAAAACGGGCAUUUUGUCAAGCCGAGUGCCCUCUCCUGCAGCAGCGUUUGCCCCUGGCCUGAGGAAGUACCCCCAGGAGGGGGCAAUACCCUCCCUGACAGCCUCUUCCAGUCAAGCGAAGGCCCUGCUGGCGAGCCUGUCCGCCUCCGGCCUGAGCGCCGAAGCUCUGCUCCUCUCCUCCACCCUCCGCCAUCACCGGCUUCUGCGGGAGCAGCGAGCCUCCUCCCUGCCUCUGCCCAGCAGCCAGCCCUCCUCCCCUACUCCCACUACUACCUCCUCCUCCUCUUCCUCCUCACCCACCACCCCUACUCCGUCUUUGUCCCCCUCCUCUCCUACCCCUUUGAGUCCCCUCACCCUCUCCUCUGCGGUUCUCAAACCCAGCGGUCGUAGCCUUGACAGCUCCAGCCUCAACAGCUGCAAGGAGGGUGGCAGCAAGCCUGUGAAUAAGGACCUCACCCGCGGCAACUCUCGGUGAUGAAGAGGAGGAGGGUGAGGACAUGUGGGAUUGCAUUUCAUGCACCAUCACAUCAUGAACCAUAAAGAGACUUUUUGGCUUUUUCUUCUUUUUCCUCUCUACUUUUGGCCUCACUCCAGUGUGCAGAGUCUUCAUAUUCCCAUGGCAAGAACUACCAUACUGUAAAUGGA